AUGAGACACGCAGAGAUCAUCCUCCUGUUACAGGGGUUUAUGCUGCUCCUUCAGCAUGCCACCGGAUCCGAGUUCAGAAAUGUGAGAUACAGAAGUAGUUAUGCAGAUUAUGUACAAGAAAAUGCAAGAACAGCAAUGGACACAAUUAUGGACAUCAAUGACUAUGAAGCAGUGAAUGCGGCGGAUGGAGUGAAACUCAGAGAGGGAGAUAUUGCCGUGUCGAGCAGAAGUGAGAAAAGCUGCUUUGCCCAAAGCUGUUUAUGGUCCAGAUCUGUAGAUGGACACAUUUACAUUGCAUACACACUCUCAUCUGAGUACACUGAAGUGGAUCGUCAAACGAUAAAACAAGGUAUGAGACUGAUUCAGAGAAACACGUGUGUGCGCUUUGUGCCCAGAACACACCAAAGAGACUUCUUGGACAUUCAGCCUAAAACUGGGUGUUGGUCAUAUUUGGGUUCAAGCGGAGGCAGGCAGACUCUCUCCUUGCAAAGUCCUGAGUGUGUGAGCUCUGGAGUUGUGUCUCAUCAGCUCAUGCAUGCGCUUGGAUUUGUACAUGAACAGUCGCGUCCUGACCGUGAUCAAUAUGUCACCAUCAUGUGGUCCAAAAUUGGGAAAGAUCAUUUGAGGAACUUUGCGAAGUUUAAGAUGAACAACAUGGACAUGCCUUACGACUAUGGCUCCAUCAUGCACUUUGGAAAGUAUGCCUACUCUAAGGAUGGUGAUGCUACUAUUGUGCCAAAACGAAGCUGGAAUAUUAAACUGGGACAAAGAUUUGGUCCAAGUGAACUUGAUCUCAUAAAAAUCAACAAAAUUUACAAAUGUUCCUAAAAAAUCUUUUGAA